UAUCUUUAACAUUUCUAUAUAAUUCAUAAGUAAAGGUUGGACUGUGGACUCGUUUCUUUCUUUAUCUUGUUUUAAUUGCUUUGCUUUGUCUAUAAGUUAUCUAUACUUCUUUCCACUUCUAUUUCAACUUAUAUUUUAAGCUUUUUAUGUUCAAGCAUAUCAUAAGCAAAUGUUAGAUUCGUUUUUUUUACUUUAAUUGCUUUGCUGUCAAUCUCAUACUAAGUAGCGCCCUCUCUUAACUCUAGACCUUUUCAUAUCUAAAAGUUCUCAAUGAACUACGCUAAGAAACCUUAUUCUCGUUUUUUAACACCUGGCAUGGGGUCAAAGGGUCGGGAUAAAUUUAUUCACUGUCCUACUAGCCUAUGUCUUGAUAACCACUGUUUUGAUAACCAAUAUCCUUACAUAUAUUUAUUCACUGUCUCUUCUCUUUACAGGUAGCAAAUGGCGGAUCACCACAGAAAUCAGAGAUGUGAGCCAUGCAAGUACAGCAAAAGGAUUGCAUGUCCAGCUUAUUGUCGAUUUAGGCCCUACUUUACGCCCAGCUCAAUGGAAUUUCGAAGGGUGGUGGAUGUAUAUGUGGAUACCACAAGCAAGGUUCUUAGGAACCAGAUAAGGAGCCUUCCCAACAUUCAACCGAUUGAGGACACAACCUAUUUCCCCAACAAUCCGUCAAUUCACGAUAGAGCUUACUUUCACUCUCUUAUGGUGGAACUGAAUGUCUGUCUAGGGAAUAUGGUGUCUGACUCUUCUGGCAACGACCAAGCUGAACAAUUGGAGAAUCAAUAUCUUCAGCAGGAGUAGUAACAUCUCUCGGGUGAGAAUGAUGUUUUGAGACAUAAGUGGAAAAUUUUGGAGUUCUUAUCUUCUUUGGGAAAAAAGAAGAGGGAUAUUUUGGUACUUAAACUUUUGGGAAACGAAAGAAGAGGGAAUUUUGGUGUUUUGGUUUAUAGGAAGAAAAAGAAGUGGGAAAUAUUGAUGUUUUCAACUUUUUGGAGAAAAAAUAAGAGGAAAAUUUGGUGAUUCAAGUUUUGAGAAAAGAAAUAAGAGGGAAAAUUGGUGCUUUGGUUUAUAGGAAGAGAAAGAGGUAGAAAUUUUUAUGUUUUCAACUUUUUGAGCAAAAAAGAAGAGAUGAAUUUUGUGCUUCAAGUUUUGGAAAAAGAAAGAAGAGGGAAUUUUGGUUCUUUCAAUUUAUAGGGAAAAAAAGGGUGGGAAUUUUUGAUGUUUUUUAUUUACGGAAAGAAAAAUAAGGGAAUUUUUUUGUCAUUUUCACUUUUUUAAGAGAAAGAAGGGAGAAAGUUUAUCACAAUGUUUACAUAUCAUGGUUUACGAGUUUAAUUAAUUAACAAUUAGAGUAUCACAAUGUUUACAUAUGAUGAUUUAGGAGCGUAACAUUUAUUUACUAAAAUAUUGUCUAUACUCUAUAACAAACCUUAUCAUAGCCUAUAGGCAUGACUAAUUUAAAUUAGUAGAUUUGAGAACAUGUAAAGAGUUAUCGUAUCUCAAAUGCAUAUUAUUUUACAUUUAGGUUGGAAACUUAAUCUUACUCACUAAUUCUCCCACUACAUUUUCAAUUAGGUGUGAAACUUCCCCCUCUCAUUUUGAUAUCUUCAUCCUAAUUUCAGCAGGGGGAGCAAAAUCUCCAGCGUGAGAAUGAUGUUUUGAGACAUAAGUGAAAAAUUUUGGAGUUUUUAACUUUUUUUAGAAAAGAGAAGAGGGAAAUUUUGGUACUUCAAUUUUUGGAAAACGAAAGAAGGGGGAGUUUUGGUUUAUAGGAAGAGAAAGAAGUGAGAAAUAUUGAUGUUUACAACUUUUUGGAGAAAAAAGAAGAUCGAAAUUUGGUGAUUCAAUUUUUGAGAAAAGAAAUAAGGGGGAAAAUUGGUGCUUUGGUUUAUAGGAAGAGAAAGAGGUAGAAAUUUUGAUGUUUUCAACUUUUUGAGAAAAAAGAAGAGAUAAAUUUUGUGCUUCAAGUUUUGGAAAAAGAAAGAAGAGGGAAUUUGGUGUUUUCAAUUUAUAGGAAGAAAAAAGGGUGGAAAAUUUUGAUGUUUUUUAUUUAUGGAAAGAAUAAUAAGGGAAUUUUUUGGCAUUUUCACUUUUUUUUAAGAGAAAGAAGGAGAAAGUUUAUCACAAUGUUUACAUAUCAUGGUUUACAAGUUUAAUUAAUUAACAAUUAGAGUAUCACAAUGUUUACAUAUGAUGAUCUAGGAGCGUAACAUUUAAUGACUAAAAUAUUGUCUGUACUCUAUAAUAAAUCUUAUUAUAGCUUAUAGGCAUGACUAAUUUGAUAUAGUAGAUUUGAGAACAUAUAAAGAGUUAUUGUAUAUUAUUUUACAUUUAGGUUGGAAACUUAAUCUUACUCACUAAUUCUCCAACUAUAUUUUCAAUUAGGUGUGAAACUUCCCUCCUCUCAUUUUGAUAUCUUCAUCCUAACUUCAGCAGGGGCAGCAACAUCUCGAGGGUGAGAAUGAUGUUUGUACUAAAAUAUUGUCUGUACUCUAUAAUAAAUCUUAUUAUAGCUUAUAGGCAUGACUAAUUUGAUAUAGUAGAUUUGAGAACAUAUAAAGAGUUAUUGUAUAUUAUUUUACAUUUAGGUUGGAAACUUAAUCUUACUCACUAAUUCUCCAACUAUAUUUUCAAUUAGGUGUGAAACUUCCCUCCUCUCAUUUUGAUAUCUUCAUCCUAACUUCAGCAGGGGCAGCAACAUCUCGAGGGUGAGAAUGAUGUUUUGAGACAUAAGUGGAAAAUUUUGGAGUUUUUAACUUUUUUUAGAAAAGAGGAGGAAAAUUUUGGUACUUAAAUUCUUGGAAAACGAAAGAAGGGGGAGUUUUGGUGUUUUGGUUUAUAGGAAGAGAAAAAAGUGGGAAAUAUUGAUGUUUUCAACUUUUUGGAGAAAAAAGAAGAGAAAAAUUUGGUGGUUCAAGUUUUGGGAAAAGAAAUAAGGGGAAAAUUUGGUGCUUUGGUUUAUAGGAAGAGAAAGAGGUAGAAAUUUAGAUGUUUUCAACUUUUUGAGCAAAAAAGAAGAUAAAUUUGGUGCUUCAAGUUUUGGAAAAAGAAAGAAGAGAGAAUUUUGGUGUUUUCGAUUUAUAGGAAGAAAAAAGGGUGGAAAAUUUUGAUAUUUUUUAUUUAUGGAAAGAAAAAUAAGGGAAUUUUUUUUUUGGUAUUUUCACCUUUUUAAGAGAUAGAAAAGAGAAAGUUUAUCACAAUGUUUACAUAUCAUGGUUUACGAGUUUAAUUAAUUAACAAUUAGAGUAUCACAAUGUUUACAUAUGAUGAUUUAGGAGCGUAACAUUUAGUGACUAAAAUAUUGUCUAUACUCUAUAACAAACCUUAUCAUAGCCUAUAGGCAUGACUAAUUUGAUAUAAUAGAUUUGAGAGCAUGUAAAGAGUUAUCGUAUCUCAAAUGCAUAUUAUUUUACAUUUAGGUUGGAAACUUAAUCUUACUCACUAAUUCUCCCACUACAUUUUCAAUUAGGUGUGAAACUUCCCUCAUCUCAUUUUGAUAUCUUCAUCAUAACUUUUCACUUCUCCAAUGUUUCCCCUCCCACUUUUGGUUCUUCUCAUUUUGCUUUCCCUCUACAAUUUGUCCAUACCAAAAUAAAAAUCUAAUGAGGGGAAUUUCUCCAAAUUUGACCGACUAACGUUUCAAUUCCUUUAUUAUCAAGCCCGAUUUUCCUACAAUAUAUGAAUCAGUGAACCUUGAGUCAUAUAUUUUUUUUUUGUUAAUAAAAAUUUAUACUUCAC